AAAAAAUUGCAAUGAAUAUUUUGUUCUUUACUUACGAAUUUAUUUUAAUUUGACAAAAAUUAUAAGUACUUUAGUGCAAAUCAAUGUUAUGACUAACAUUUACAUAACUGCGAGAUUUACGAAGGAUUAUUGUUAUAAUGUAUGAGUUGUUAUUACUUAAAGUUUCUUGCUACAUUCUUUCACAUAGUGCCUUAUAAUGAGACUUCGUGGUUUAUAGUAAUUAUGAAGAAGAUAUAUUUACGUAUGCAGGUAUAACGACCGUGAAUGAAUUUAUGAAGAGAAAAGUGAAUGCAAAAAGUAAGUACAUGUCAAAAUUAUGCCAUGUACGCUCCAGAUCACCUCAGACGGAAAGAAGUCAGAGAUGUUAUGUACCGCAGCAAUUCAAGUCUUGACUUGAUAUACACUGAGCAUCCAUCGGGAAAUGGUUUACGACGGGAAUAUGGGAGUCAUGGAUCUAUUGACGUAAUAGGUGGUACCAGUGAUAGACUACCAGCAAUGGUGCACAAUUACAGCGGCGUAUCUACUUCAGAUAAACAACCGGGAUUAGGUCGAACGGAUCGACUGGCUGAAGUCUUGGCAAGUGAUCAUGCCGAUGGACCACCUCCCAGAUCCAGUGUCAGUCCUAAGCCACGCCUUAAGCUGAAUAAGUUAUGGGGUGGAGCUGCGCCCGUGCUACGUCAACCACUUGAUGACGGUGCUCUUCCAUCGACUGUCCCAGAGGAAGUAAAGAGGAAACAAUUUGCCCAUUAUGAUUGUCAAUCUUUGAUGGCUAAUUUAAGUUAUGCAGCAGAAAUACGUGGAGCACUGUUGAGUAGACGUCGUAACACAACUACAGGUGCAUCAGCAGCAUCACUUUUGGCGACGCGCGGGCUUCCUCCAGGCGAGGAUGCUGUACCGGAUACUGGAGAUGGAAGAUCUAAUGAACUCUUAGAAAGUUGUCCCUUUUUUAGAAAUGAAUUGGGAGGUGAAGAAGAGCGCUGUAUAUCCCUGUGCUCACGAACUGCCCGUGGAGCGAUACCAGGUCAAUACGGAGGAUGGCAUCGGCCACGGGCUGCUUAUGGCUUCUCUGUAUUAGAGUUUCCGCCUGGACACACACAUUGGCGGCAAGGCUGUCCAUUUGCAAGGUCUCUAGCACCAUUGCCUGUGGAAAGUCAAGAUCUGGGAGCUUUAUAUUAUAGGAACUACUUUUACACACAGCCACACCAAAAUUGGUUCGGAAUGGAAGAAAAUCUAGGACCUGUAGCUAUAUCCAUAAAGAAGGAACGGGUUGAGUUACGUCGUGGCGGUGGAGAUGCGUUAGCCCCUGCAUCCCAGUUGGCUUGGCACUAUCGUGUUAUUGUACGCACAUCGGAAUUACUCACGAUACGAGGCUCUGUGCUAGAAGAUGCUUUACCCACAGUCAAACCAAGCAAUAAUAGUGCCACCUACAAUACCAAAGAUGUCUUGGAAUAUAUAGCUCCAGAAAUACAACUUAACUGCUUAAGACUGGGUAUUACAAAUAGUGGUGCUGAAGAACAAUUAUUACGUUUGGACGAACAAUGUGUGACAAGACAUUACAAAGUAGGAGUAAUGUAUUGCAAGAGCGGACAAUCCACAGAAGAAGAAAUGUAUAACAACCAAGAAGCAGGUCCUGCGUUUGUAGAAUUCCUACAAAUGUUAGGACAGACUGUCAGAUUAAAAGACUUUGAUAAAUACAAGGCUGGAUUGGACAAUAGGACGGAUUCAACAGGCUUGUACUCUGUGUACACAACAUACCAAGGCUGUGAAAUUAUGUUUCACGUAUCAACAAUGCUACCGUACACGCCUAAUAAUAGACAACAAUUGUUGAGAAAACGACACAUUGGCAAUGAUAUAGUAACAAUAGUCUUCCAAGAACCAGGAGCUGCACCAUUUACACCGAGGAAUAUACGAUCUCAGUUCCAACAUGUUUUUGUAGUUGUAAGAGUUAUUGAUCCAUGUACAGAAAAUACACAUUACAGUAUAGCUGUGAGCCGAGCGAAGGAAGUGCCUUUAUUUGGACCCCCGAUCAAAGAUGGUGCUGUUUACCCUAAGGGUGAUGCUUUUACCGAGUUAUUAUUAAGUAAGGUGAUAAAUGGUGAGAAUGCAGCUAUACAGUCUCCUAAGUUUAGUACGAUGGCGACGCGCACACGUCAAGAGUACCUGAAAGAUUUAGCUAAGAACUAUGUUACCGCAACUACUGUUGAAACUGGACAGAAAUUCUCAAUUUUUUCUUCACUGUUAAUGAAAAGUGGCAACAAUUCAAACAGCAGUACAGUUAUACCGCGUCUUGAUAAUUGCACUAACGAUGUUCUAGUGAGAGGGGCAUUGUGCUUUCAUGUUCAAGUACAAGACGAGGGCGCGGGAGGCAACCUGCUGGACUGCAUCAUGGGCGUGUCUGCGGACAGCAUAGUGCUCAUAGAGGAUAGCUCGCGACAGAUCGUGUUGGUACUACCGACGAACACACUGCUCGGUUGGGUGGUGAGCGGGGGGUGGAGCCGCGUGUACUACCACCGCGGCGAGAGCGUGCGAGUGCGCGGCGCGCCCGACGCGCUGCUGCGCCGCCUGGCCAGCGUCGCGCCGCCGCACGCGCACCAUCUGCACGAGAUCACCCUCGAGCGAGGCCAGGCUGCGCAACUAGGUUUCCACGUGCAGCCGGACGGGCUGGUGACGGCGGAGGAGCUAAUGCGUCUAAUGGAGGCGGAGCUGGGGGAGGGCGCGGGCGAGGGCGGGGCGGGGCGCGCGCCGCUGCCGCUGCCCGACGCCGCCGCGCUCGACUGGGCCACGCUGGUGCACACCGCCACCAGGGCCAUGCUGCAGAUUUGCGAAGAACACCAGUACCCGACAAUGGAUAAUUUAGAAUCAUUGGACAAUCCCACAAGUGAGCCCUCACAGGACUCUUGGCCGGAGCCACCGAUAUCAGAGACUUCAAUAUCAACAGUGAUGUCGAACAGUCCGAACGUGUCAGUGGGCGGGGCGAGUGUUGUGGGCGGGGCCAGUGCAGUGGGCGGGGCCAGCGCGACAUGCGGCUGCGGGCUGGCGGCUAGAGUCGCCACACUGGAGGCGGACGCUGUGACCGCGCAGCGACAGAACAACCAGCUGGAGGAAGAGGUGCGCCGUUUGAGACGUCACAACGCUCGGCUGAGAGAAGAAUCUGCUCGAGCGGUGUGGCAACUGAGACACUUCACACAGUGGCUUAAAAGAACCGUCGACAGACAGUAGACAUUAAAUUUAACAUUUCACCAUUCUCCAAAACUACAUUUGGAACUAAAGUUAAAGGGUCACUUUGACGUAUCUAACGACGAAAAUAUGAGGUCUUCAAAGCCCCAAACUUCUGAGUUAGCAAGUACCGUUUUCAUGUAUUUAACGAAUUGAUUCUAUAAACAAUUCUGGCCUAGUAAUAUAAUACGAAAUACAAGAUAAAAUUAUGUGCUAAUUGUCAAUUUAUCCACUCAAAUAAUGGUAGUGAUCGAAAUUUUAUGAAAUAAGUGUUUGAAAUGUUUAAUACCAAGUACUGGCCUAAGAUUAUCUCAAUAUCGUAGGAUGCUUUCAACGAUUACGUAAACGAUUCAUUUUAUCGUUAGUACAACGAGUUAUUUAUAAAACAUUUGCUAUAUAAAAUAUAUGCAUUCAUUAAACAACGAUGUAACUUGAAGUAUCGAUUUUCAAUAACUUAAAUACUUCGGAAUAAAUAUAGUUUGUACGAAAUAUUCAAUAUAAUGAGGACAUCAGAUGUUAAACCACUGUAAAGAACACUGUGUUUUUAAAUAUAUUUAUAGAAAACAGUAACUUGGCUAUUUUGGCUGAUUUUUACUAAAAUAUCUAGUACAAACUAAAUGAAUUUCAAAAGUAUUUGCGUGAUCGAUUUCAUAGCGAUAUGCGCUGUUUCUUAUGAAUUUUGUGCCUUUGUGCUUGUUUGGCGAACAUGGCGGCCGUGUUCUGUUGUUGUACAUUAUUGAACGUUGCUGUUACCUGCUGUUAACGUACAAUUCCACUGAUGUAACUUGUAUCUGUCUGAAAAUGAAUUGACACAAGUGUUGUAGUGGAAUUAUACGGUAACGUACGUUGUUACAUCACGUGUUGGACGAUAUUUAUACCCUGUUUCAAAUUAAGAUGUAAUGGAAUUUAAUCAUCUCUAAAUUUAAAGGAUUUAAGCAACUUAGUAGCCCCUAGUAUUUUAUUAUUGCCAAUAUUUCAUUGUCACCUAAGUUCUAAAUUUUUGUGUCAGGCGCCACUCGUAAAAUAUUUCAGGGGCUGAGUUAAGCCGAAUAGUUACAAUUCUAGUAAUCAAUUCUUUUUUGUAUUUUUCUUUAUUUUCAUAAAAAAUUGUGACAUUUUAUAAGAAUUACGAAUCAUAUUUUAUAUGGCAAUGGAAAUAUUACUAUAAUAGUUUUGUUAAGUAUUCUUGCAAAACUAUAAAGCAUAUGCUUUUCGUUUAUAAAAUGUAAGUCUUUAUUUGAAACAGGGAUAUAAAAUGAAUACCGUUAGAUUUUAUGGAAGUCGUAUUUUAUAAUCACUUAACUAAUUUAUUCAUGUAGUUAUCCAAAAAUAAUUAAACAAUAACUUAGUGUUUAAGAAUUUAAGAACACCAAUUGAUGUUGUGUAGAUUUUACGCGAAGCGAUUUUGUGAAUUUAUCACAAGUCAAUUUAUAUUUUAAUUUAGUAACUAUGUAAUAAGCUGUUUCAAAUUUAGAUCUAAAUAAUGUGAACAAACGUUACAAGUGGUGUUUUAUUUUUUUUAGUAAAUAUGCGAUCUAGGUAUUUACUAAUUUCAACGUAAGACGUGUUUAGGCCUUGAUUUGAAAUAUAGACGUUUUCAUUCGUCUAAAGACUCGAGUUGUGUGCAGUAUGAAUUUAAAUAGCCUAAUUUAAAAUUAAUCUAAGAUUAGAAUGUAAUUUGUUAUUUGUAAACAGACUUGAACCUGCCAAAUAUUAGUACAGUAUGAGUGUUUCGUUAGCACAAAGCUGCUUUUAGACAAUCAUUAAGCAAACUGGUACAUCAUUUAUAUGAACUACACACAAAAAUCGGUAUUCCAACUGAGGAGGUAAAAUUACUGUUAUACUUUUUUUUAAUAUAGUCCAAUAAGGAUAUCUGACCCGGUGGGAAGUCAAACUGACCGCUCACUAAGACAAAAAAGCGCCAAAAAUCACUGUUGUACUGGAACUGUCUUAUAAUUUUUUUCUAUUAUGUUAUUUUAGUCUGCGUUUUAUACAUUUAGCAGAUAGCAGAACCUUUCUCACUGGCCAGAUAUAUUUGUUAGACUAUAAAAACAUUCUUGUAUAAUUAAAAAUAUGUUCUUCAAUUAUUGAUAACAUCUUAGGAGAAACUGUGAGUAUGUCAGUGUUAAAUGACAUUAGCAUCAAAAUAUUUCACAUCUGGUCCCUUAAAAAUUAAAGACAAAAGGAAGAAAUCCAUUGCAAGUUUUUAUAUGAACUACUUAUGAAUUUGAAAAUUUUCAAACUAUAAAAACUAUUGAAUGAAUAGAUUUGAAGUUAGAAUAUUUUUAAAUUAACCUAAAAACGUUACUUCUGACUUUGUAAUGCAGGUUUGUACAGACCAUUAUUUUAUAAGAUUAGAAUAUCAAGAUGAAAUGAAAGCUUUAUUAGUUUAAGUUUUUUUUUAUUUCUUAUACUUAAAAUAUGUUUGUGACUGUAUCUAAGACUUAUGUUUAAAGGUUGUUACGUUUUUAGGCAGCAUUUUUUAUUGUAUUAACCAUAGAUUGAAAAUCCAGUUUAGCUUGCUUUGACAUCUCAGUGGUUUUAUCGAUAAUAAAAUUCGAUGUUUUCUUCAAAAUGUAUUAUAACAUUUUAUUUCAUACGUAUUGUCACGUUUAUUCUGAUACGGAAAGUUAAAAAACAAAUAAUGUUACUUUUUCUGCAUGUAAGAUUUUUUAAAUGAAAAAAUUAAGAAUGUAUUGAGAAAUACAUUAUUCUCUUUUUUAUAACCUAGAUGUUCCUUGACUGAACAAAUUAUUAAUUAAAAACGAUAUACAUAAAAGCUUUCUUAAUCAUUUUUGUUACAUUAUAUUUCAGAGCUUACAUGUCAAUUGUUUUUGAUGUCUUUUAGACAAUGUAUAAAUAAAAGCUAAAAAAUAUUGUUUGGUGUAGAAAUUGUACUGUAUUUAAACAUUUUUAAUGUAUUAUUGACGAGGUAUGUUUGCUGUUAAAUAUACGAAAAAUGCUUUUUCAUAACAAAAGUGAUACUUAAAUUUUUUUGGUAUGAAAUAGGUGCUGUUUUUGAUGUAUUUAUGCCAUUAGACCACUCUGUAAUCGUACUAUAUUAUUACUGCUAUAUUUAUAUAUUUGUAUGUUAUCAAUUUAUAUAUGUUGUUGCGACUGAUUCUGUAUACGCAUGAUUAAUGUCUGAAUUGCUUCGUAUCAAUUAAAAAGCACUUCCCACCAUUUGAUAAUUAUAGGUAUUUGUAUUGAAAUAGGCGUUGUUUAUGCUCCGCGUAUGUACAAUUUUGUAUCGAGAGCCAAAGCGUUUUUGUUAACCGCCAUAAAUAAUUUUGGACGACUUUUUCCCCACUCGCAACGUUUUGCAGAUUUUAGUUAUACUCGAUCUGCGCGUCACUUCUCUAUGUAGCUCUAAGUAACAUUCCAAUAAAUAAAAUAUAUA